CUCCUUUCUUCGAUUAUUAUUUUUAUUAUUUUCGAUUUUUCUCUCAAAAUUGAACCCUUUCUCCUUCAUCGCACACAGAGUUUCAAACCUUCAACAGCCUAUAAAAACCCCCAAUUACUCUCUCUCAUCACUCACUUUCUCUCUCUAGGGUUCCGCGACUGCUGACUACUGAUCGAGUGCUGAUCGGACGGUGUUCAUCGCGUUUGUUUCAGAGACAUGACGAUGGUUACGUCACAACCGUUGGAUCAAGAAGAUGAAGAGAUGCUUGUGCCGAACAAUGAGGUUGUGGAAGGACGUAAUGCUUUGGAUGGUACACAACCAGUUGAAGCUCCUCAACAAAUGGAAGUGGAUGGCCAAGCGGAAGUUGUUAGCACAGCAGAGAAUCAACCUGAAAAUGAAACUCAGACAACUAGAUUCACAUGGGUAAUCGAGAAUUUCUCCCGUCAGAACAAAAGGCUUUACUCUGAUGUUUUUACGGUUGGGGGAUAUAAAUGGCGUGUGCUUGUAUUUCCAAAGGGAAAUAAUGUUGAAUAUUUGUCAAUGUAUCUGGAUGUGGCUGAUUUCGCGACGUUGCCGUAUAAUUGGAGUCGAUACACAAUCUUUAACUUGUCUGUGGUUAAUCAGCUCCACAGUAAAUACACAGUGAAAAAAGACGCACAACACCAGUUUCAUGGAAGGGAAAGUGACUGGGGGUUCACAUCGUUUAUGCCUCUAAGUGAACUAUAUGACUCUAGUAAAGGUUACCUUGUGAAUGACACAUGUAUUAUCGAAGCCGAUGUAGCGGUACGUAAAGUGAUUGAUUAUUGGUCAUAUGACUCAAAGAAGGAGACUGGCUAUGUUGGACUUAAGAACCAAGGAGCAACAUGUUACAUGAACUCCCUCCUUCAAACUCUGUACCAUAUUCCUUAUUUUCGAAAGGCGGUGUAUCAUAUGCCGACAACAGAAAACGACAUGCCAUCUGGCAGUAUUCCAUUGGCUCUUCAAAGCUUGUUCUAUAAGCUUCAGUACAAUGAAACUAGUGUUGCAACAAAGGAACUGACAAAAUCUUUUGGGUGGGAUACAUAUGAUUCUUUCAUGCAACAUGAUGUCCAGGAACUUAACCGAGUUUUGUGUGAAAAACUUGAAGAUAAAAUGAAGGGUACAGUUGUAGAAGGUACAAUACAAAAGUUAUUUGAAGGACACCAUAUGAAUUACCUUGAAUGCAUCAACGUGGACGUCAAAUCAACCAGAAAGGAAUCAUUCUAUGAUCUUCAACUUGAUGUGAAAGGCUGUCAAGAUGUGUAUGCGUCUUUUGACAAAUACGUUGAAGUGGAACGACUUGAGGGUGACAAUAAAUAUCAUGCUGAAGGACAUGGUUUGCAGGAUGCUAGGAAGGGAGUCCUGUUUACUGAUUUUCCGCCUGUUCUUGAACUUCAGCUAAAGCGUUUUGAAUAUGAUUACACAAGGGAUACAAUGGUAAAAAUAAAUGACCGUUAUGAAUUCCCACUAGAGCUUGAUCUUGAUAGGGAUGGUGGCAAGUAUCUAUCUCCUGAUGCAGAUAAGAGUGUCCGCAACCUUUACACUCUUCACAGUGUAUUGGUCCAUAGUGGCGGCAUAAGUGGUGGACACUAUUAUGCAUACAUUAGACCUACUUUAUCAGAUCAAUGGUUCAAGUUUGAUGACGAACGGGUUACAAAAGAAGAUCUAAAGAGGGCAUUAGAAGAGCAAUAUGGUGGCGAGGAAGAGUUGCCCCAGACAAACCCUGGCUACAAUAACGCUCCUUUCAAAUUCACAAAAUACUCAAAUGCAUACAUGCUCGUGUAUAUACGUGAGAGUGACAAAGAAAAGAUUGUUUGUGACGUGAAUGAGAACGAUAUAGCAGAACAUCUCAGGAUAAGGUUGAAAAGAGAGAAGGAAGAGAAGGAAACCAAGAAAAGAUACAAAGCAGAGGCUCACCUAUACACUAUUAUAAAGGUUGCUCGUGAUGCUGAUCUAUUACAACAGAUAGGAAAAGAUUUGUUUUUUGAUCUUAUUGAUCAUGAAAAAGUUCACAGUUUUCGAAUACAGAAACAGAUGAUGUUUAACAGUUUCAAGGAAGAAGUUGCCAAAGAGUUGGGCAUACCCGUUCAAUUUCAGCGUUUUUGGUUAUGGGCGAAGAGGCAGAACCAAACAUAUCGUCCGAAUCGACCUUUGACUCCACAUGAGGAAACACUAACUGUUGGGCAAUUAAGGGAUGCUUCCAAUAAGACUCAAAAUGCUGAACUGAAACUGUUCUUGGAGAUAGAGCUUGGGCCGGAUUUAAAUCCUCUUCCUCUACCUGAAAAAACUAUAGAUGAGAUACUUCUUUUCUUCAAGCUUUACGACCCAGAGAAGUUAGAACUCCGUUUUGUUGGUAGGUCUUUUGUGAAAAGUUCUUCUAAGGUGAUUGAAAUCAUACCAAAGUUGAAAGAAAUGGCUGGAUUUAGUCCUGAAGAAGACAUUCAACUUUACGAGGAAAUAAAGUUCGAGCCUAAUGUCAUGUGUGAACGUCUCGAAAAGAAUGCUUCGUUUAGAUCUUGCCAGAUUGAAGAUGGUGACAUCAUUUGCUUUCAGAAACUUCAACAUACUCAUCCUGUGGAGAAAUACCAAUAUCCAGAUGUGCCAUCUUUUUUUAUUUAUGUGAAAAACCGUCAGAUAGUUCAUUUUCGAUCUCUAGAUAGACCUAAAGAGGAUGACUUUUUUCUGGAAUUGUCAAAGUCGCAUACAUAUGAUGAUGUUGUGGAGAGGGUGGCAUACAAACUUGGUCUCGAUGAUCCAUCUAAAAUCAGGCUUACGCCUCAUAACUGUUAUUCUCAACAACCCAAGCCCCACCACAUUAAAUACCGAGGUGCAGAUCUUCUCGACAUGCUUGUUCACCACAAUCAGAUAUCUGAUAUUCUUUACUAUGAAGUGUUGGAUAUCCCUCUGCCAGAGUUGCAAGGUCUGAAAACUCUUAAGAUUGUGUUUCUACAUGCUUCAAAGGAAGAGCCUGUGAUUCACAAUAUUAGGCUGCCCAAACAGAGCACUGUUGGAGAUGUUCUUGAUGAGCUAAAGACAAAGGUGGAAUUAUCACAUAAAGAUGCUGAACUGCGACUAAUUGAAGUGUUUGUUCAUAAGAUUUACAAGGUUUUCCCACUUAGUGAGAAAAUCGAAAAUAUAAAUGAUCAAUACUGGACAUUACGGGCUGAGGAAAUUCCAGAAGAAGAAAAAAACCUCGGACCCCAAGAUCGGCUAAUUCAUGUUUACCAUUUUAAUAGAGAGACUAACCAGGUGGUGCAAAACUUUGGCCACCCUUUUUUUCUGGUAAUUCAUGAAGAUGAAACUUUGGCAGAUGUGAAAACUCGAAUUCAGAAGAAACUACAGGUUUCUGAUGAUGAAUUUUCUAAGUGGAAGUUUGCAUUUUUAUCUCUUGGACGAACCGAGUAUCUUCAAGACACUGACAUCGUGUCUAGGUGUUUUCAGAAAAAAGAUGUUUAUGGUGCCUGGGAGCAUUACCUUGGAUUGGAACACACCGAUACCACCCCGAAAAGGUCUUUCGCAACUAACCAGAACCGUCACACAUACGAGAGGGCGGUUAAAAUAUACAACUAGAAAAUAUACAAGUGCAUAACUUAAAUGUUGGUAUGUGAAGUAUUUGAAGGUUUUGUUUUCGGUAUCAUAUUUUUUGUAGAGUAUUAAUCUUGCAAAAGGUAUUUUAACCGUGGGUUGACCGACCUCAAAUAUUGGUUUUUUUUUUUUUUUGUUUUUCGUUCUCAUGUGAGGUUCUUCUAGUGGGUUAACUUUCAAGGUAGUACAUAACAUGAUUUUGGCGUAGUAUGGGUAACCUCAACUAGAUGUAAAACCUUUUGACUUUGAAUCCGAUUGAAAAUAUUAGUUACCAUUUGCAAUCUUGCUUAUAGUAA